AUGUCCCCCCCGGCCUCGGCCGCCGCCGCCAGCGAGGGAGGCAGCAGCACGCCGGUGCCUCCGGAGGAGGAGGCGGAGGGGGCCCGAGAGGAGCAGCGGCCAGUGAAGCAGUCUCUCAGCAAGUCCCUGUGCCGAGAGUCCCACUGGAAAUGCCUGCUGCUGUCCCUGCUCAUGUAUGGCUGCAUGGGAGCCAUGACCUGGUGCCACGUCACCAAGGUGACCCGGCUGACCUUUGACAGCGCCUACAAGGGCAAGUCCAUGAUGUACCACGACAGCCCCUGUUCCAACGGCUACGUCUACAUCCCCCUGGCCUUCCUGGUGAUGCUCUACGUGGUGUACCUGGUGGAGUGCUGGCACUGCUACACGCGCAACGAGCUGCAGUACAAGGUGGACGUGGAGAGCGUGCACGAGCGCGUGCAGCGCAUGCAGCAGGCGACGCCCUGCAUCUGGUGGAAGGCCAUCAGCUACCACUACGUGCGGCGCACCCGGCAGGUCACCCGCUACCGCAACGGCGACGCCUACACCACCACCCAGGUGUACCACGAGCGGGUCAACACCCACGUGGCAGAGGCCGAGUUCGAUUAUUCCAACUGCGGGGUUAAGGACAUCUCCAAGGACCUCAUUGACCUGGAGAGCUACCCGGCCACGCGGCUGCGCUUCACCAAGUGUUUCAGCUUUGCCAACGUGGAGUCCGAGAACUCCUAUCUGACCCAGCGGGCUCGCUUCUUCACCGAGAACGAGGGCCUAGACGACUACAUGGAGGCCAGGGAGGGGAUGCACCUCAAAAACGUGGACUUCAAGGAAUACAUGGUGGCCUUUUCUGACCCGGACAACCUGCCUUGGUACGUAUCUCACUACGUGUUCUGGGUGGCAGCUCUGCUGACCCUCUCCUGGCCCCUGCGGGUGCUCAAUGAGUACCGCACCUCCUACGUCCAUUACCACGUGGAAAAACUCUUUGGGUUCGACUACGUGGCGGUGACGCCGGCUGAGGAGCGCUCCUUCUGCCGGAGGAUGCCCCGUGUCAACACGGUGGACAGCACCGAGCUGGAGUGGCACAUCCGGUCCAACCAGCAGCUGGUGCCCAGCUACUCGGAAGCGGUGCUGAUGGACUUGGUGGGGCUCUCCGGCUGCACCAGCUACUCGGCCUGCCGCUACGGGGGCUACCGGCAGAACUGCGAGCGCUGCCACAGGACUAUAAGCAGCUCGUCCAUCUUCUCCCGCAGCGCUCUGAGCAUCUGCAACGGCAGCCCCAGGAUUCCCUUCAGCAGCAGCCGCUUCUCCCUGGGCCGCUUGUACGGCUCGCGCCGCAGCUGCCUCUGGCAGAGCCGGAGCGGCAGCCUGAACGAGCAGAGCUGCCCCACCGAGCAGACGCGCCUCUCCAGCCAGGUGACUGUGGAGGAGGAAGACCCCCCUCCUUACCAGGAUGCCCUCUACUUCCCCGUCCUCAUCGUACACCGCAACGAAGGCUGCCUGAACCACGACCACCGUCACCUCCAUCGCAACGGCUCCUGCGUGGAGACCUCACUGUGAAAGCAGCAGGCGGUGAGAUCUCAUUGUCCAUUGCCUGGCCCAAGCCAGCGCAGGAUCUGGGGAGAGGAGCACAAGGGGGAUAGCCUAGGAGGACAUCAGGAUGGAGUGGACAUGGCAUCCUGCUGUGGCAGCCAGCAAAAGCUUCCCCCGCGGUGGCUCUGACCUCCCAGAGGGGUGGGGGCUGAUGCUCCCCCUGACAUGGCACAGAACUCUAGACCGAUCACCACAUGCAAAAAAAAUUCAACCAAACCAACUGCAAAACCAUAAUUCAAGGUAUCAAGACCCAAAGGGGGGAAUUAAAUGGCAGGCCUGAUGCAGGGAGGGGGUGGCUGGCUCCAGGCUGGCUCAUGCUCCAAGGAACCAGCAGCCACCAAAAAGCACCCUGCUGCACCUCUGCCCACCCUGCUUCCCACCCUGGAGCGAGACCCUCAGAGGGUGGAGGAGAGCAGGCUCCUGGGAGCAGGGUGUGGCUGCCUGUGAGGGAAGGUCAUGGGUACCCAGGCACCUGGAGCUGAGUGGCAGGUUAGAGCAAAGGCUGAAAGCCACGAAUCCGCCUCUUCCCCUUCCCCCCUGAGCAUUCCCCACCCUCCCCACUUUUUAUUUUUUUAGACCAUGCUCCGACUGUUACUUUGUUCUCACUGCUGGGAAUGGCAUUGCCUCCAGAGGAUCCCAGGCUCAGCUCCUUAGGAAGCUUCGGUGUGCCAGCUGUGAGUCAGCAUCCCCUUGGUAAAGGGUUUUGUGUUUGGGCAUACAGCACCAGGCAAGGGAUGAAUGUGCAAAUUCAGAUGGAGCAGAGAUGUGCAGCUAAUGAUGUGUUUGCUGGAGGAGGGCUCAGCUGGGAAGAGAAAACGGGAGGCCCCUGGUGAGCUGGGGAAGGGGAAGAGGAUGGCACUGGGACAGACCUUGUGGUGUCAGGUGGCACAUCAUGUGGCUGGGACCCUUCCUGGCUUUGAAGUGAGUCCUAAUUGGUUCAGCCAAGCAUCAAGGAAGUCUCAGCUGCUCUGCCAAGGGGAACAUUAUGCCCAUGGAUGUGAUCUCGUCAACUCCCUCAAAAGCAAGCUAACAAGCAAAUUGACUUCCACAGCACCUCCACAGCACUGGGACAGGAGCCUUCUCCCACAGGACCAUAGCCUUUCUGCCUCUGAGGUAAAAGAGGUCCCAAGGACACAACUGAACCUGCAAGACCCACGGCCUCGUGGCCUGCCCUUCCUCCUUCCCUCCUUACCUCAUGUCUCUCUUGGGGGAGGGACAGUUUCCCUGUGGAGUUCAGCAAGCUCCUCUUCCUGCAGCUCGUAAACAGGCUCUACUAACAGGUAUCAUCACCUAUGCAACUCUUCCAGAAGCUGCCAGAUUUUCAGGAGCCCAUUACAAUGUGCAGCAUGGCCAUCCAGCACUGAGAAUAAGCACAGCGGCUGCUGGAAAGCUCAGUGGGUUUUAUUCCUCCCCCAUUCCCCAAGAGGACUCUUUUUGUUGGGCCAUUUUGUUUGUUUGUUUGUUUGUUUGUUUUUUGUAAACUUCAUUUGGGGGAAAUGAAGCUUGUGAGAAACUGGUGCCCAUCCUGAACCCUCCCCAGUCCUUUGAACUCUGUGAAUGGAUGGAUCACCUACUGUGAUUAUAAUUUAGUGGAUUUUGUAGAACAAAAUAACUUCACACACAGACACAUGAGGUUCUUUCACUCUCCAUCAGCACAAGCUGCUUCUGCAAUCUUAGCUACUCACUUUAGUGAAAGAAGAAGCCUAGCUAGAAUGUGGUGAGAUGACGUAGUACUUUGUGUCAGUCCCAUGGUCCCAACAUCCAUUAGCAGCGCCAUUAGACAUGAAUUCAGGCUUUGGAUGGCAGCCCAUGAACCAGUCAGGGUGAAAGUUUGGAAAAUCCCAAGCCUGAGUCUAUGCACAUUUCCAGAAGCAGAUGCAGAGGGAGGAUCAGCUGAAAGCAGCCACCAUCUCCUGCUGGGCUCUGGCAGAAGCUGGUGGCUCUGUUGGUGCUGCACCUGCCCCCAGGAAGAGCCUGUCCCCAGGGACUGAGCAGAGGAGAGCAGGAGUAGCAGGGUCUGAUGGAGCAGCACUGCUCAGCUGGCUGGGGAAACAGCAGUGACCACCCCAGAAUAACAGGAUUUCACCUUGGAAAUGCCAACGGCUUUUUCAAACUGAAAUGCAACCAGAAGGCCUUAACAACUGUGAGAAGUGUUUCACAUUGCUGUUCCUUGCUUAAAAAAAAAAAUUAAUAAAAAAAAAUUGGGUGAUGAUGUGGAUUUAAACGCUCACUCCUUCCACCUCUGUUAGUAAUGUGCUGUGCUGGUGGAGAAGGAAUGCCCAAGGCAGAUCAGGAUGGUGGCCCUGUGGCUUUGCCAGUGGGAUAGGUUGAUCAGGAAUGGAGGCCAGAUUUAAAAUCUUUCUCUGGAGGUGUGACAUGGCCGUGCUAGUGCACAGCUGGAUUGGUGGCCCUGCAGAGGGUUGAUGUGUUUGUGGCUUUGGUGUGGUGACACCCAUCCACCCUUGCAGCAAGGGCUUUUCAGGGUGACAGAGCAUUCAUUGCUUGUUCCUCAUGAGAGGAAACUCCUGACCUGGUUUCUGUGAGGGGAUGGUGUGAAGUGUCACAUUUGCUGCAGCGAGUGGCAGGGAGCAGGGAUAAAAGCAUGGAGCAAGCUGUGUUUGAGAGCAAGCUAUUGCUGGCUGCCUGAAACUGGAGAGCUGCUGGAUCUGCUCCCUGGACAAUGCUUUCCAGCUCUUCCCUCCCCAAACCUGAUGUGCAAACUGUCAUUCUGAGCUGGCCAAAGCACUCCCCUCCCCUGAUCUCCUCCCAGGCUCUGCAUUCCCAUCAUGUUGGUCCUCUCCCUGCUGGGUACCACGGGCCAGCCAUGAAAUGCCAGCAGAUGCAUGAUGGCCACAGGCAUGCUGGUGGCCAGACCUCACCAUACCCUGCCUGUGCACAGCCUCCCAGCAGUGCUCCCUGCCCUGGCUGCCCACUGCUUGCUUGCUGCAGAGCAACCACAGCACAUCUUGUCAUCACUCUGUGCUUUCCCAGAGAACUUCACAGCACUUGUCCUAAGUUAGAAAACAGAAGGCCUUGAUGUUUUGGUGGUCCUGGUCUCCAGACCAGGGAUGAGAGGAGAGACAGGUCAGCUGUUGUGGCAGUGUGGGAUCAGGGGACAGCAGUGUGUUGAAAGCAGCACAUCUGCUGGAGAAGUCUCCAGACAUGGGCUCUGUGCUUCCCACUGGGGCUGAGGGCAGAUGACAAAGGGCAGAAUAGGAUGUGAAUGCUCAGCAAAACAUGGGAGGAUGAGAACUGGUUGAGAACAGCUGUAAAAGGCUUUGCAAAUGUGGUGGUUUUUAGGGGAGACAGAAGGCAAAAUGGGGCAGGAGGAUGCAGUGCUGCAGCAAUGGUACUGCAAGGCAGGGAGGGUGGGGGGAAAUGGAGCAGGGAAUUUGAUAGAGAAGCUUGGGAAUACAGUGGGCUUUCAAAGCAAUCUGUGCAUGCUCUGGCUGAGGAGAAAGGCAGGAGGUAUUCCUGAGCUGAGGUGCCCAGGCCAUGUCUUGCUGCAUUGUUGGAGCAGCAAUGUCUCCUCCAAGCCCAGCACUGACAGCUUGAGCACGUGUCAUCAGCCACGGUGGCUAAUGCAGCCACAAGGUGUAAAUGUCACUAAUGAAUAAAUUGCCUUGUGCCUUGGAGAGGCUAAUCCAUCACGGCCAGAGACAGGGAUCUGACAAGCCUGGCUAUUUCAGGCAUACCCUGUAGGGAGGAGGAACACUUCGUUUCUGAGCCGUCCAGAAAUGUCUCCACCUAGGGAAGUUGAUGCAGGGCUUGGCUCUGUGCCACUUCCCAUCUUCCCAGCCACAUGAGCUCAGGCUUCAUCCCUCUUCACUGCAACUGAAGAAGCAUGAAAGGAUCUAGAUUAGUCAAAAGGGCCUGUCAGCAGAGUGGUACAUGGGGUAGCUAGUGUUUGAGUUUGGAAGGAAGCUGCUGGACAAAGGGCAUGGAUGAUGGAAUACAGUGGUGGUCCCCAGUGAUUGGGAGAGCUUGUGUUAGUUGUCUGGGUGUGUUUCAGGCCAGGAGUGCUUGGCAGUAUGUUUUGGAAGUGUGCUGUUUCCUUCUCACCCCACUGGGCUGUCCCAGAAGCAGUGCACAGGACCCCCAUUUUCAGGAUCCCUGUGCUGUUGAACCCCAGCCACCAACACCUUGGCAGGUGCAGAGGGCCAGCAGGUGCCAAAUGGGCCGGGACAGCUCAGCCUAGACAAAUCCACCUCCAUAGGAGCAAAGGGAGGCUGAACACAGCAACCAUUUCUCUGCACAGCCUCUGCUCAUCCUUGUGGCAGCCUGCUCCUCCUCCCCAAGUCGGUGCCGCCCUGUUUGUGACAUAUGCUAGUGUGACACCUUGCAAAUCGAUGCCUGUGUCUCUGAGCAGGAACUGCCAGGCUUGGGAAGCUGGCCACUGUCUCCUGCUGCCGUGCUCUCUGCUCAGAGCAGCGGGAGCCGGGCUCGCCAUCUGCUGUGGGAGGGAGCCAGCCGGGUGUCCCUGCUCGGGCCCGAGGGGACACCGCCGGCACAGCCCCAGAGCAAGCCCUCGUGGCAUUCCCCCUUCUUGAGCUUCUCACCAUCUCUGGCACAGACCCAGGGAGAGGGGAUGCUCCCAGCUUGGCUCUGCUGAGCGCUGCUGGGGCUGCGCUGGUGGGUGGUGGCAGUGCCCAAGCUAUUCUCUCCUCCAGAUGGAGGAAUGACCCCCCUCCUCAAAGCCUGACAGUACUCCUUGGAGAGAGAUCUCAUGGGAGAGCUAAGGUAUCUGUUCUGGCCCUGCACUCAGCACGGAGUGACCAGCUAGUUACCCACCCUGUGGUAGCUUUACCUGGAGCUGACAAGUGACCCACCAACAGCAGGAAUGUUCACACUCCAACAAUCUGCUGUUGCUGUCUGGCCAGAGUGUGUGGCAUUUGAAAUGGUUUCAACCCUUGCAGACUGACAGAUAGUUGUCUGUUGGUCUUGGCUGUGGGCAAGUGGUGCAAACUGCUUGGUUUGAGCUUUGCUUUUUGGCCAAGAGAUUGAUGGGAGAGAGAGCAAGGAGUUUCUCCAGGAAACAGCUACCUGUCCAGACAUUCAUGGGUGUGGCAGCCCAGGUGGGCUUGAAGGGUGCUUAAGUGGUGUUAAUCAGCUGUUAGCAGGAAAAUGAGCAGUGACUAUCCUGGAAACCAAGUCGGAAGUUGUUCUGGUGAUUACAUGUUUUCCCAAGUCCUUUUCUUUCUGUCCCUUGUCCUCACUGGCUGUGGUGACUAAUUCUUCCUCAUGUGUCUGCUAGCAUGUCUGCAGGAUCUCAUGGCUGCCCACCAAGCAUGAGCUUUCACUGCACAACUGGCUGACGAGCUGCAGCCCUCUCCUUGGAGCUACAGGCAGGCUUUCCUAGGGCCAGGCCACCCCCAUUAAACCCCCACCCUCGCUGCUGGAGCUGUUGCUUCAUCAGCCUGAUGCUGACCUGGGUCUUUUCUGCUGUUUCUGAACAUGAAGUUCUCAUCUCAUUGAGGUGUGUCAUCCAGUGAAAAUAUUUUGUAAAUGCAAAUAAAAUUAAAUAAGUAUAUUCAAUACCUCGGUCUCGAGGAUGGGAAACAAGUAGUGGGAGAUGCCCAGGUAGGGAGGUUUCACAGCUGCUGCUGCUGGUCAGGAAUUCUUCGGGACGUAGCCGCUGGAGCAUCCAUCAGUAGUUGGGAAGGGAGCUACACAAACCUGUGAGGGCUUGGGGCCCUGUCAGCACCCCUUGUGUGGCCCCUGCUGUCAGGGCAGCCUCACACUCCAUCCUUUCUGAUCUAUAUGGGCGUGACAGGGUGCAGGUGAAGGCCCUGUCAGCCAGGGGCCAGUGGCACCGUCGGUGUCUGUAUCCAUCAGGCAGGGAAGGCAGAAGCGGGUACGUGGUGAAUAAAUUCUUUUGUGAACACUGGGAAACGGUUUUUACUUUUCAACUCUGUCAAUAUGAUCUAGCUCUGUCUGUCUCUCUAUAUAUGUACAAACAGUAUAUCACAAUGUUGCCUUUUUUGUUGGAAAUAUCAAAGUACAAAGAUUGUAAACCAAAUCGGUGUAAUAAAAGUUUCAGAUGAU